AUGAAGUGUAAUGACGAACGCUCAACGGCUUCUUCAACGUUCGCUCUGUUCUUGCGCCCUCUGAUCGGACUGUACUUGAACAUCGCGCGCAGUUCUCGACAAGACAUCAAUGGACCUAAUCACCCAGAAGCAAAGUACGGCGCGGCAGUAGUCGAAAGAGGGCCCCUUUCGCCCAUAAGACGCGACUUGCACUGGCAUAUAGAAGCUAUCAAUACCCCUCGCUGA